AUGUCUGCAUUUGUCAGGGUGCUUCCAAGAAUAUCCAGGAGCUCGGUGCUCACCAGAUCAUUGAGAUUACAAUUGAGAUGCUAUGCAUCGUAUCCAGCGCACACUAUCAUUGGUAUGCCCGCGCUGUCUCCCACAAUGACCCAGGGGAAUCUGGCCGUUUGGAGCAAGAAGGAAGGUGACCAAUUGGCCCCCGGUGAGGUGAUUGCUGAGAUUGAAACCGACAAGGCUCAGAUGGACUUCGAGUUCCAAGAAGAUGGCUACUUGGCCAAGAUCUUGGUCCCGGAGGGUACCAAGGACAUUCCCGUCAACAAGCCCAUUGCCGUCUACGUGGAAGACAAGGACGACGUAGCAGCUUUCAAAGAUUUCAAGUUGGAGGACUCAGGCUCGGAUGCGAAGACCAGCACGAAGGCCCAGCCUGCUGAGUCACAGGGGGCAAAGAAACAGGAUGCGCCAUCAGAAAAGGCCAAGUCUCCUGCUCCAGAGGCAAAAGAACGCACUACCGCCGCUCCUCAAGGUAGAGUCUUUGCCUCUCCACUGGCUAAGACGAUCGCUUUGGAAAAGGGUAUUGCCUUGAAAGAUGUUCAGGGCACAGGCCCCCGUGGUAGAAUCACGAAGGCUGAUAUUGAGUCAUACCUGGAAACAUCUUCCAAGCAAUCUUCCGUUGGUGGAGCUUCUGUUACUGCUUCGGCUGCUUCUGCCGCUCCACAGGUUGCGGCCGCUGCUGCUCCAUCAGGCACUUCCACAGCAUCAUACGAGGAUGUCCCAAUCUCRACCAUGAGAAGCAUCAUUGGAGAACGGUUAUUGCAAUCCACCCAAGGUAUCCCAUCAUACAUCGUCUCGUCCAAGAUAUCCGUCUCUAAACUUUUGAAAUUGAGACAAUCCUUGAAUGCCACGGCAAACGACAAGUACAAACUAUCCAUCAACGACUUGCUAAUCAAGGCCAUCACCGUCGCGGCCAAGAGAGUGCCAGACGCUAAUGCUUACUGGUUACCUAACGAAAACGUCAUCCGUAAAUUUAAGAACGUCGAUGUCUCUGUCGCAGUGGCCACCCCAACAGGUUUGUUGACCCCGAUUGUUAAGAAUUGUGAGGCUAAGGGCUUGUCGCAAAUCUCUAACGAAAUUAAAGAACUAGUUAAGCGUGCUAGAAUAAACAAGCUGGCCCCAGAGGAAUUCCAAGGCGGCACCAUCUGUAUCUCCAACAUGGGUAUGAACAAUGCUGUUAACAUGUUCACCUCGAUCAUCAACCCACCACAAUCUACGAUCCUGGCAAUCGCUACGGUCGAAAGAGUCGCCGUGGAAGACGCCACCGCAGAAAACGGGUUCUCCUUUGACAACCAAGUUACUAUAACAGGGACCUUUGACCAUAGAACCAUUGACGGCGCUAGAGGUGCUGAGUUCAUGAAAGAAUUGAAAACUGUCGUUGAGAAUCCUUUGGAAAUGCUAUUAUGA